ACACUCCAGCGGAGACCGUACCAGUACACCAGCAGACUAGUCGACUCGAAAGAAAACCUUGAAACUCUUCACUCAAAGUUCCACAUAUGAAAGCUACACACGUACACAUGCACUGUACACGAACUUUCGCCUCCGAAAUUAAAACACGAGAAUCUCUGCGAGUGUUUAUCAUGGUCCCAUUCCGGGAAAGACGUUUAUUUUGUAUUUUCAGGCAUCAUGAUUGACUGAUGUUGGAUAGGUACUGUAGAAAAGGGCAACUAUACAAAGCGGAUCAUCGCAGGUGCAAUGGAUGGAUCACCGGGUUCAAAGAUAAAUUUGUGGUCAGGUUUUGUUCUGCUCCUCCUGAGCCAUGUGGUCCAUGCCCAGCUGUCUGUCAACUUCUCAAUCACCACAAGCAGCGACUGCACCCGUUCCGCUGCCUGCACGCCCCUCCCUGCCAACAUGACACAGUGCCUCGGGACAGAGAUCUCCCACACCCUCAUCUCCCUGUCCCUUGCCAACGACUCCACGACCAUCCAGGAGGUCAACGAAAGGCUCGUCAUGUGGAAGGGUCUUCGGAACGUCCCAAAGUGCUGGGAGGUCGUCCAGCCACUGCUCUGCGCCGUCUACAUGCCAAAGUGCGAGGACGGGCGGGUGGAGCUGCCCAGCUUUGACAUGUGCACCGUCGUCCAGUCCCCUUGUAGGAUUGUGGAACUUGAAAGAGGCUGGCCGCACUUCCUGCAGUGCAACGAAGAGCACAUGCCCAGAGAAUGUAGUGAGCCGAACACCUACAAGGCAGUGACGUUCAACUUAACAGGUGGGUGCGAGCCGCCUCUGGUGGAGACUGACAAUGCGAAGAGCUGGUAUGAGAACGUAGAGGGGUGCGGUAUCCAAUGCAAGAACCCCCUCUUCACCGAUGAGGAUCAUCACAAAGUUCACAUCUUUAUCGCAGUGUUUGCUGGCAUGUGUGUUGUGUGCACCCUGUUCACACUGUGCACUUUCAUUGCAGAUUGGAAGAAUUCCAGCAAGUAUCCAGCGGUGAUCCUGUUUUACAUGAAUGGAUGUUUCUUCCUCGGUAGCAUUGGAUUCCUAGCCCAGUUCUCAGACGGCGCCAGGGACGAUAUCGUAUGCCGUCAUGAUGGCACCAUGAGAUUGGCUGAACCAAGUGAGGGGGAAAACCUGUCCUGCGUUAUUGUAUUCAUCAUCGUCUACUACUUCAUCUUGGCUGGUGUGUUCUGGUUUGUCAUGCUCGCCUAUUCCUGGCACCUCUCCUUCCGAGCCUUGGGCACACCCAAGGAUCCUUUGCACGGUAAAACGGCCUACUUCCACCUGAUAUCGUGGACCAUGCCGUUUGUCUUGGUGGUCAUCAUACUAGCAAUCAAUCAGGUGGAUGGCGAUUCUGUUGCAGGUAUAUGUUUUGUUGGUUACCAGAAUCACUAUUACAGAGCUGGAUUUGUGCUAUCACCCAUAGGGCUGUGCUUGGUGUUUGGAGGUUUCUAUCUUGUACAGGGUUUGAUAACAUUAUGCACAUUAGACAAAGAGAAUCCUGGUUUAUUGAGUGAUAAAGCAUCAACCAAAAUCAAAGGAACUAUAGCCAGAAUAGGUGUCUUUGCAUGUUUGGCAUUUGGUUUUGUGUUUAUCACAUUUGCCUGCCAUCUCUACGAGUUCACCAACCAAGCUCAGUGGGAGAAGGGCUUUCAAGACUACUUGGUGUGUGAAGCAAACGUCACCUUAGAGCGCCAGCUUGUGGACAACGUAGACACGUUGCCUACCUGCGCCCUGAAGACCAGACCCAACCUGACCAUUGUCAUGGUUCAUCUCUUCUCAAUGUUUGGGGCCGGCAUCGCCAUGAGUAUGUGGGUCUGGACCCCCGCCACCCUGGCUAUAUGGAAGCGGAUGUGGAGAAAGGUGACAAGACAACCAAUUAAUGAACCAAUCAAGUUGAAGAAAAGCAAAAUGAUUGCCAAAGCCUUUGCCAAGAAGAGAGAUAAGGGUAAUGAUGAUGAUGGAGACAGACUUUCACUCAGUUUUGAGUCGGCAUCCCAUGACGAUGCAAUAGGUAUGAAACUGGAUUUGCCACCUUCUAGCGUGGUUGGUGAUGACCCAACGUCAUCAUCCUCUUGGGGUAACAAUGUUCCUGUACGUAUGCUGGCCAGGAGGGGAGCAGCUUACCCACUCGCCACCCUUGGCAACUCACCUCGCGCAACUCCAGACUCCUCAGACAGUGGCAGGCCACUAACAAGAGGCAGAACAACCUUAGAGACAGAGGCGGUCAUUGAGCCUCCGCCACGCAGCAACAGACGCUCCCAGUCCUCUAGGUCUAGGAGACAGGGUUUGACUUCAUCUUCCAAGAAGCGGCGUCUGCGCAACAUGCACCACCCGGGUCGCCUGGAGACACCGCUGGAUGAUGCCUUCUCCGACGCGGAGGACUGCAUGGAGCUUCCGGAUGCUCCCGGUAUGGUUGGGGACGGGGUCGGUCUGCCGCAAGGAGGGGCGUGGGGUCACCAAGGAAGGUCAUUGUCCAGCGUUCCUGUGCUGCCUGCCAUUCAGCAGAAGAAGAGAGUCUCCAUCGCGCAGCAGCCGACCAUGUUUGAGAUACCUGGUGACAGCGGGAUUGAGCACGCCCUCUGAGGCCAAAAGAUGUAAGCAGAAGGAGAGAGUCUUAAAGAUGUCAGUCUUCAGGCUUUUGCAUGAUUUCAGCCAGCCCUGGCAACUUUCAAUUUCAGGCCUUGUUUUAUGCUCUAUGAUGUACAUAUGGGGCCUUUGCGUGUUUCUGGCUUCCAUUCAGGCCUAGCGAGUAAAGCAUCCCUGGAGUUUCCAUCAUUCAGCCACCAACCAUGUUGAAAUGUCUUGUGAGAUUUGGAUCGAGCAUGCCCGUUAAGGGACAACAUACUUAUGCUAAACUGCAUGCCAGCCUUGUUCUACCUGAUACUGUUUUAAUUUGCAUGGUAUCGGUGCAGAAGAUGCCAAGUUGCCAAUUCUUUCUGUAUUGACUAUGCUUCCUUGCUGUAUGUUAUCUCAUCUUCAGAUCUAGCUUGUUUGGCCGAUAAAACUUUUAUUAUGCGUGGGGAGUGCUAGAAUUAUGAGAACUUGCUCGAACAUUUGUAUUGAUAUUUCAUCUUACUCAUGUGGAAAGCCUAUGGAGUUGAGGUCACUGGACACUAUUUCAUAGUUUACUCUAAUUUACUCAUAGACUAUUUCAGUUAAUUUGAAUGAUUUUGAGUUGGUAUCAAACCAUCUCUCUUUGGAUUUGCUCCCUUUGUUGAACAUGAAUAUUACUGGACUGUUCUAAGUGAAUGUGCUGGAUGAAGUGUACUUAGUCAUGAAAUCUGUAUUAAUUGUGGUCCAAUUGUAUCCAAACUGCCUUUGAAUCCGGCCUGUAUGAUCGGUGAUCAUCAUUUGUAUUCUACAUGCAACAUUAUAUGCAAGUUUCAGUAUUCAAACUGGAAAAAAGAUUGUGCCUUGCUGUUUCUUGAACAAAGCCAAAAAACCUUGAUUACUAUUAUUAUGAGGUGCUACAAAUUCAACCUGUAAAUUAUUCAUUAACCAAAGAUAUGUAUCAUCAGUAUUCAGAAAUAUCUGUAUUCGUGUCAUAAAUAUGCAAUAUAUCUUGCGGGGUGGUUUUAAAGGUACUUAAAAACAGUUUUAUGGUACGUUUGUCUUCACGUAUUCCCCAUCUUGUUCAUAAUGAAGAUACUACAUGUAUGUGUGCUCAUCAAUUCAACUCAUUAUGUGUACAUAGACAAACAAAAGAGUAUGUAUGACUAGUAAACUCAGCAAUUUUUUUCUUUUUACAUUUUGAUAUUAAUACAUGGGUACAGUCAUCAAAAUGUGAUAUUUUUAAACUGGUGAGUACAUAAGGAAUGUAUAAAGUGGAGCGAUGUGGCCCAGUGGAGAAGUCUUCUGACUUUGAAACAGAGGGUCGUGGGUUCAAAUCCCAGCCAUGGCGUAAUUUCCUUCAGCAAGAAAUAUAUCCACAUUGUGCUGCACUCAACCCAGGUGAGGUGAAAGGGCACCCGGCAGGAUUAAUUCCUGAGCGCUGAAAGGUAGCUCAAGCUAAAGCCGGGGUAAUAAUAAUAAUGAUAAUAAUAAACACUGUGCCUCGGAAUAGAUUAUUUCUAGAUGGCGUUAUAUAAAUGCCUAUUAUUAUUGUAAAGGGAAAUGGAAAGCUAUGUAUUUUUUUUAAUGACUUUUUAUCUACCUUCUGUGCCCAAUUUUAUAAAUUCUACGUGCCUUAUGGUUUUGAAUUGGUGCUUGUUUUAUACUAGAAAUCUAAGCACAGGUUUUUAUGCAUCUCCCUCUUCAAAUAAUGGCAUGAAUGCAUCUAGUCUUCCCGUCACUUAAGAAAUCAAUUAACUCCUCCGUUGCUACUGGAACUAAGUGAUAUUUAAUGAGUUAAGUGUUUGUCUAACAUUGAACUUGUAUUUUGUUUUCAUGUUUGACAUUUGUGUUUCCAAGUGAUUACAUGCCAUAUAUUACAAGUUAGCAUCAAGAAAUAGUAUUUGCAGUUUUUGUUUGUCAACAUUUCUUUCAGCUUGAAACGCCCCCUCCCUUUAAAAAAUCCUGCGUAUGCCACUGCUGAAUACUAUGUAAAUGAAAAUAUACACAAAUUAUUUGUUUUUUAUGAAGAAUAAGAGCAAGGUUGAUAUACCUGUAUAUGUGGUUAUUUGUAAUUCAUUGAAUGAAAUUCAGAUUUUCUCCACCAAUGACUUCAAGGAAAAUAUAGUUUGAGCUGAACGUACUUCAAGUAGGUCAUAUUCUUGCUUUAUUUUUAUCUUUAUUUUUUAAUCAGAACUUAUUCUGAUGUGUGCAACAAUAUGCCUCUCUUUCGUUUUAUUUUGUAAAUUUGUACUAUAUUCUGUUUUAGUUCUGUAGUUAAUAAGAGAUGUAUACAAAUUAGAUUUGAAAUUUGUACUAUAUGUGUAAGAAAACUGUACUACCUGAAUUCUCUUGAGUACUCAAUGACUCUGAUAUAGUGUACUGCUUGUUAAAUUUCUUCUGUGUUAAUGAAUCAAAUUCAUUUUUUAGGAAAAGGUAUUCUUGAUUUUAAUCUUGCAAGUGUAGCAUUGCAAUGUAUGAAUGAUAAAAAGAGUACAACAGGCUGAAAAUAACAUGAUUAGAAUGGAUUGACUAUGGAGUAAAAUGAACGAGUAAACUCUGAAGAUUCUAAAAAAAUUAGAUUAAAUAAAUAAUGAACAAAAUUGCAUUUUUUUAAAUUUUGCAUUAUUUGAUUGGACAGAUGCAGUGAGAGAGCUGAUGAUGUCAUCUCCCUCAACUAGUUUCUAAUGUAUUUUAUAUGACUUUAUUCAACUUUGUGUUCAAGUACUGUGAACAUGACAGUGACUACUGAUUCAUUGUGUAAGAUCAUCAAUGUUUAAAUUCAAAUUUGUUUUACAAGGAAAAUAUUCUUUAUUCAGAUUGUAUAUGUGUGAUAAAUAAACAAAUUAAUAAGGAAGAUGACAUAAUCGAGUUUUUGACAGAGUAUGUAGAAUCUUUAGCUCACUGAUUGCAUACAACACCAAAACAUGCAAAAUUUUGAAGAAAAAAAAAUCCUUAUUUUUCAUCCGAUAGAGAUUGAAAAUUUAUUUAUCACAUUUUCAUACUAACAAUUAGCCGUGAGUUACCCUUUAAUCUGAUCUAGUAUAGUAUUUUUUCACCUUCUAGCUCAUUAAUGAUUAAGUAAGUUAUUUGUUAUUGUGUUUCAUAUUACAAUUGAAACAAAAUUGGGAUGCUGGUCAGUAUAAAAUGUAUGAUAAUUGAAAUCAUGUUUAUGUUGUUAUGUACAUACAGUCAGAUAAUAGUUUUUUAUUUACCUUUUAGAAAACUGCUUUUUAUUACCCAUUUAAGGAUACUAAAGGUCACGUCCACCCUGCAAAAAAAAGUGAGUUCUGGAAUUAACUUGUUGAGAGCGGGGGGGGGGGGGGGGGGGGGUCAGGGGGUGCACAUUUAUCAUUUUCAUGCCAAAUCAAUGUUUUCUUAUUUCUUCCCUUUUCUUCUCUCACUUUGAAUGUUUUUAAAUUGUUUUUUUUCUUGGUCUUUGUAAAAAGUAUUUUAGUUUUUUCUUACAUUCUGAUAUAUUCUCCUAUAUUUAUGAAUUUUAUGUACAAUAUACCACUUUUGGAUAGAUCAGAACCUUUUGAAUGUGCCAAAAAAGUGUAUUUUAUUGAACAGUGUUUAUGAGAAAGUAAUUAAGAUCUUGAGUUAGAAUUUUUUAUUAAAAUUGUACAUGUGUAUCUCAUUUUCUGUUGCAUGCCAUAUGUUUAGAGAUGUGCUAAGUAGUAUUCUGGCCAAUCGUGUGCUAAAAGUCUAUUUAUCUUCCAGUUUCUGCUAAAAACAUGUCAGUGAAUUGAAAUGUUGGAAAUGCCAAAAAUAUUUGAAUAUUAGUUUUACCUCAUGAUGUUAACCAGUAUGCAAACCUAGCAUGGUUGGAUUUAAAACAGUAAGAACCCAAAGCUUUUUUUGAAUGACAUUGUCAAGUCAUUGUUACAUGUGUAAUUUCCAUUUUUGGGUUAUUCUUUUUAAUCUUCUGUGCCACUUUUAUCACAAUCAUUAACUUGAAAGAUUAGAUAAAGUGUGGCAGUCAAAAUGAUCAAAUGGAGUCAGUUCAUUUAGGAAUUUCUAAAAAGAAAUGUGUUGAAAUGAUUAAUAAUACGAGAAAUGACAGCAAAAAGAGCAAAAGUACAUAAAGAAUACUAUAUUAUGUGGCCUUUAUGUUUCAUAUGUAAGAGGUUUUUAAUGAGAAAAAUAACAAGGAAUGAAUAUCACAAAGUUGUUAGUAUUGUGCCUUGAAUAUAUAAAGAUAUGCUCAAAAUGAGAAAAGGAUUAGCAUGUGAACUACAACUUUUGGAAAAUUGUUCAUAUUCAUGUAUUCAUUUUGUAUUUUUUAACUAGAUUUAUACAUUUUGAUUAAAAUGUAAGUACCUCAAAAUGUA